ACGGCCAGCCCAGAAAACCCAGACUGACAUAUCUUGCCAGAAGCCAGGCAGCAUGGACCUCACUCUUCUGUGGGUGCUUCUGCCACUGGUUACUGUGGCCUGGGGCCAGUACGGCGACUACGGGUACUCCUACCAGCAGUACCACGAUUACAGUGACGACGGAUGGGUGAAUCUGAAUCGGCAGGGCUUCAGCUACCAGUGUCCCCAUGGGCAGGUGGUGGUGGCCGUGAGGAGCAUCUUUAGCAAGAAGGAAGGUUCUGACAGACAGUGGAACUACGCCUGCAUGCCCACGCCCCAGAGCCUCGGGGAGCCUUCCGAGUGCUGGUGGGAGGAGAUCAACAGGGCUGGGAUGGAAUGGUACCAGACGUGCUCCAACAAUGGACUGGUUGCAGGGUUCCAGAGCCGAUACUUCGAGUCAGUACUGGAUCGGGAGUGGCAAUUUUACUGCUGUCGCUACAGAAAGAGAUGCCCAUAUUCCUGCUGGCUGACAACAGAGUACCCAGGCCACUAUGGUGAGGAGAUAGACAUGGUUUCCUACAAUUAUGAUUAUUAUAUCCGAGGAGCAGCGACCACUUUCUCUGCAGUGGAAAGGGAUCGCCAGUGGAAGUUCAUAAUGUGCCGGAUGACUGACUAUGACUGUGAAUUUGCAAACGUUUAGGUUUGCCUCGAAUCAAACCUGGGUGAAGAAAAAGGGGGCAGGGGACCUGAAGGUGUCCAUAUAUGUUCGCAGCAGUUGGGACACCUAUAGCUGUUUCUGCUGCUCUCUUUUCCUCUCCCUGAGCUGGUAGCUGCAAUGCCAGCUUCCUGGGCCUUCCUGAUUAGUAUUUCACUUGUAAUAAAAUCCACAAUUAAACCAUGUUUCUCACUUUCAACACGUUCCAUAGCAACCAUUGUAUAUGACUGACAAUGGCUUCCUUGCACAUCACAUAUCCGGGGUGAAUGCCCACAGCUAGGGAAAAGCCUGGCUCCAGGAGCGCCUAUCACAACUUUGCUCCUCCCUUCAUGGCAAAAUGAGCUGCAAGUAGGCCUGAUGCUGAGCUGUGCCUGUGAAAAGUGUCAGUGUGGUGGGGCACAGGGCCAGAGCCUGGAGAGGGGUGCCUCUAGGUUCUCCAGAGCUGUAUCUGUUAAAUGAAACCCAGAGUCUUCACCAAGGGCAGCUCCCCUGCCUUGAGGGGACACGCUUCUAUAUCCCCCUCCACACGAGGCUUACAUGCUUAGAAGUUCAAGUGCGGACCUCUGUGGUCUAGCAACAAGGGCUAUGGGAGGUGCAACGUGGAGGUGGAAGUGUUUGGAAGCAGAGCUGAGAGGAUUGGAAGAAUUUCCUCAAUCAGAGAAAGAAUCUUCAUAAACCCAGUAAUGAAAAUGUGUGCCGGAGCCAGAGGAGCCUGUGAGAAUCAGUCUCAAGUAGGACAAAAAGAAGAAAGAAGAGAAAGGAUCAGAGCACCGAGCUCAGAUUGGGAGCUUGGAGAGAAGAGAGUGCUAGGUUGCUCCGGGCAGCAGAGAAGGGGGUUUGGUUGCCACCUGGAGAAAUGCCUAGGACUCCUAGGAAGGCUGGCAUAUGCCCUGUAGCCACAAGGAGCUACUGGCAAACUCAACCUGGAUUGGUCCUGACUGGCUGGGUAGGGAAGACUGCCCUGGGAUUCCAGUUUCCUUCUAUGUGUAGCUUAGGGGUGUUUUGGAAAAAAGUACACUAUCUUUCUUCAUCCUGUGAUUUCUCUGUUCCCAACCCUUUGUACUCUCUUCAUCAUAAAAAGAAUAAAAAUAUCGACAUUUAUUAUGCUGCAAAUGUUAA